AUGUCAUACCUGCGUGAUACCCCUAGACUUAUCCAUAAUUCAUUGAAUCUUGUGUCACAGAUUGUAGAGUCCGACACAGAAGUCUCAGUGAUUGACUUGAAUUUGCUUGAAAACCUUAAUACAAAUCAAUCAUUAAAUUAUAUCAAGUUGGAACAAUCUUUAGUCACGUUGGAAAAGAAUGCCCAAAUCCAAGAGAAUCAAAAAUCUAUUCUAGAAGGAUAUACAACUAAAAUCGAUCAAUUAGAAGAUCUGAUUGGAAAACUUGAAGAAGUGACAGGAGAACUUGAUCAAUGGUCUAAAGAACUUGAAUUAAAGGUAAAGAACACCAAUUGAGCCAAUUUAUGAAUAUUAAAUACCUCUAGAAGAGGAUUUAUAAGUUGAAUUCCCUGCUUUCAAAAGAAUAGAGAAUAAAAAAUUACCCCACUAUCAACUAUAUUAUAAAU